AUGGGACAUGACAUAGUUGCACGCACAUGGGAUUCUCUGUGGUCAGAGGGCUUCAUUGCCGAGGGUCCCCGCAUCACCUCCGAACUUCUGUGCCGGAGAUCCCCUCUCAUGAUGAAAGUAUGCAUAUUUCUGUUCCUGCAGAAAAGUCCCGAGUCGUGUGUUUUGUAUUCUAUCCCUUUUCCUUUACUCCUCCAACGUACCCGCAUCACUAUGCGGUGUUACGCUUUUCUCGCUGCGGCCGCACCUCUGGUGCAUGCUCUUCCAGCACCCGCACCUGCACCGGUUGCAGCACCAGCUCCAAAGCCACUUCCUCUACCACAGGGUGUUGAAGCCGAUCCCGUCACGGGUCUUGUGAGCGGUUUAAUCAAUGGAGUUCUCAACAUUGGAAGCCUAUCAUCUGCAGUUCCAGAAAUCAUUUCUGAUCUCGGGAAUGUCCUCGAUUCUGCCGGUGUUGUGACCGGCCGUUCAGCCGACCGCCACUCCGACGAGUAUCCAGCAAGCGAUGACCCAAGCCGCUGGUGCUUUUGGAAUCACAUCUGCGAAUCAAUCUCCAUCGCCGGAAUAGGAUAUUCUUUCGAGUGCUCUCACACUGCAAACUCCGCCGCCAACGUCAACCCACCCGUCCCCUUCUCCAAGACUUUCUACAAUACCGUCUUCGGCAAUGCUCCCUUCGACAUCGCCGAAUCUGCUCUACGAGCAGCAAUCUACAUCCCACCCGGUUUCACGUGGGGGGCCAAACAGCCCGUUCUAAUGUCCCCGGGCACAGGCGCAACAGGUGUCGAAACCUUUUCCUCCAAUAUCGGCAAGCUCCUCUCUGGCACCUCCUUCGCCGACCCGGUGUACCUCAAUGUCCCACAAAACCUUCUCAACGACGCCCAAGCAAACGCCGAGUACGUCGCGUACGCCCUGCAAUACCUCUACGCUAUGACUUCCAAGAAGCCUGCCAUCGUCACCUGGUCCCAAGGCUCGCUAGACACACAAUGGGUGUUCAAGUACUGGCCCUCCGUACCCAAGAUCGUCACAGAUCAUAUUGCCAUCUCGCCUGACUACCACGGCACUGUGCUCGCGUACACCCUCUGUCCUGGCUUCACGACCGCAAACGCUAUCGCUUGUGUCCCGUCCGUCAUUCAGCAGCAGUACAACAGCAAUUUCGUCACCAAGCUGCGCUCUAAUGGCGGCGACUCGGCGUACGUGCCAACGACCACUGUAUACUCCCUCACAGACGAAAUCGUGCAGCCACAAGAAGGCACAGCUGCCUCGGGCUUCCUAAACGACGCGCGCAACGUCGGCGUCUCGAACACCUUCCUACAAGGUGCCUGUCUAGCGGAGCCAGCAGGACUGCUAUACACGCAUGAAGGUGUGCUCUACAAUCCCGUCGCGUAUGCGCUUGUAGUAGACGCUCUUCAGCAUCCUGGUCCUGGUAGUUUCUCACGGGUAAGCGGACAGUGCGGCGCUAUUGUCGCGCCGGGGUUGUCACUGAGUGAUGUUAUAGAGACGGAAGCACUGAUUCCGUUGGCGGUGCUGAAUAUCUUUGCCUACUCUCCGAAGGUGGAUAAUGAGCCUGUUUUGAAGGCUUAUGCUACACAUUGA